AUGGAUAAUUGCAGUGAACCUCCCUCUAUAUGCUCGCGAGACUCUAUUGAAGAUAUUUGGGGGCCGAGAACACCGUAUGUUCAUCAGUGGCCUACAAGGGUAGAUCAUGCUUGUGAUGAGGAGCCGGAGAAAUGGGUACAGAGUGCAUGUGUGCUGUGCAGUAAUGGCUGUGGGCUCGACAUUGGUGUUAAGGAUGGCAAGGUCGUCGGUGUGAGAGGCCGUGCUACUGACCGCGUCAAUAAAGGAAGACUGGGUCCAAAGGGACUCAAUGGUUGGAAGGCUAUCAACAGCAAGGAAAGGCUCACUCAUCCUCUGAUCCGAAGAAACGGCAAGCUUGAGCGUGCAACUUGGGAUGAAGCCAUGGACCUCAUUGUCAGAAAGUCAAAGCAGCUCGUUGAGAAACUCACAGCCCAUAGCAUAGCUUUCUACACCAGUGGCCAGCUUUUUCUCGAAGAAUACUAUGUUCUUGCUCUGAUUGGGAAAGCUGGAUUGAAUACGCUACACAUGGACGGAAAUACUAGGCUCUGCACUGCAACUGCGGCAGCUUCAAUGAGAGAGUCGUUUGGGAGCGACGGGCAGCCUGGUUCUUACACUGAUAUCGACUAUACGGAUUGCCUCUUCAUGGUAGGGCACAACAUGGCAGCUACUCAAACUGUGCUUUGGUCAAGAGUUCUCGAUCGACUAGCCGGCCCAACUCCCCCAAAAUUGAUCGUCGUGGACCCUCGCUACAGUGAGAGUGCUUCCAAAGCUACGCUGCACCUAGCCCCCAAGAUCGGUACCAAUCUUGCCUUACUGAACGGCAUUCAGCAUCUCAUGUUCAAGAACGGCUGGAUUAACGAAGCUUAUGUCUCUAAGCAUGUCGUCGGUCUUGAAGAUCUCAAAAGCACAGUUGAGGGCUACAACCCCGAGAGAGUUGCAGAAAUCACUGGUGUUCCAGCAAGCAAGAUUGAAGAAGCCGCUAGGAUCCUCGGCCAAACACCAAGUCUACUGUCAUCAGCCCUCCAAGGAGUGUAUCAAUCGAACCAAGCGACAGCCAGUGCCUGUCAGAUUAACAACAUCCAUCUCCUUCGCGGUCUUAUUGGUAAGGCAGGAAGUGGUAUUUUUCAGAUGAAUGGCCAGCCAACUGCUCAGAAUAACCGCGAGACUGGUUGCGAUGGAGAGUUCCCUGGGUUCCGAAACCAUCAGAACGCGAAACAUAUGCAAGAGCUGGCAGAUCUCUGGAACAUCAACAAUAUCCAGGUGCCGCACUGGAAUGAGCCUACUCAUAUCCACAACAUUUUGACGUUCAUGGAGAAGGGCUCUAUUCGAAUGGUUUGGGUUUCGGGCACGAACCCGCUCGUCAGCUUGCCCAACCUUCCCAAGGUCCGAGAUAUCUUUACCCAACCAGAGUUGUUUGUCAUCUGCCAGGAUAUUUACAUGACAGAGACGGCUUCUAUCGCCGAUGUUGUUCUUCCAGCUGCCCAAUGGGGUGAGAAGACAGGAUGCUUUACAAACGUUGACCGAACCGUGCAUUUAUCUCACAAGGCUGUUGAACCGCCGGGGGAAGCCAAGCCAGAUCUCGAGAUAUUUCUAGACUACAGCCGUCGCAUGGGCUUCAAGAAUAAAGAAGACGGACCUCUCACGCCUUGGACGCAGCCAGAAGAGGUUUUUGAGGCAUGGAAGCGUCUAUCUGCUGGUAGGCCUUGUGAUUACACAGGCAUGUCUUAUGGGAAGCUCACUGGUGGCUCUGGUAUUCAAUGGCCCUGUAAUGAGCAGUAUCCUGUUGGUAAAGAGCGCCUCUUCGACGACGGUGUCUUCUUUACAGAUAUUGACUACUGCGAAAGCUAUGGCCAUGAUCUACAAACUGGAGUGCCAUACUCUGAGGAAUACUACAAAGAGCUCAGACCGGCUGGUCGUGCGAUCCUCAAGACAUGCGACUACGUAGCUCCAUAUGAAGAUCCCGAUGAUGAAUAUCCUCUGAGGCUCUCGACAGGACGGAAUGUGUACCAUUUCCAUACGAGGACCAAGACAGGAAGAACGGCACUGCAGAAAGCUUGCCCUGAACCUGAGAUUCGUAUAUCCGAGAAGGAUGCUGAGACUCAUGAUGUGAAGACUGGCGACAUGGCCGUAAUCAAGUCCAGGCGAGGUGAGGUUGAGAUGAAGGUAAAGGUGGGCAAGAUUUCUCAGGGACAAGCUUUCAUUCCGUUCCAUUUUGGAUACUGGGAUACAAAGGAUGGAAGAGCACGCGCCGCAAAUGAGCUCACGAUCACUGAAUGGGACCCCAUAUCUAAGCAACCGACGUUCAAAUCCGGUGCAAUCUCCAUCACAAAGGUCCCAGAAGAUCGCCCAACGGCAAAGGAACGACAAUCCGAGGCUUUAGCCAAAGCGGAAAAGAAUGACGCUGCGACUUCCAGCGCUACAGAGAGUGAUCUCAGUAACCGUGAGCGUCAAUUAGAGACUUGGCUAGGCGAAACCUACGAAUCAAUUCUCCUCCUACGCGACAUCACAGAACAAUUACUAGACCAUCUAGUAGCCGACUCCGAAGCUCACUCCGGCGUUCGUAUACUCAUCCAAAUCACCAAAGACACAACAAAACGCCUCAAACCACACGUCGAUAAGUUUGGUGAGAAUCAAGCUCGUGGCAGACACGCCGCCCAUACAUUGCGGGACUCAUUAUUCCCCAAGAGCGAUAAUACACCAAGUCAACUCCAAGUACUAGAGGCGCUGCGAAGUCUGCAAGUUUACUUGGCCCAUCUGCGAGUUGGGCUGGAAGCGCUGAACCCUGUUAGCCAGGCGAUAUGGGAUGAGGACUUCUUUCAGGCGGUUUUGUAUGCAAUUUCGCAGGUUAAGAGGAUGCAGGAUUGGGUGACGACGCAGAUCAAGGUUAGGGCUCCUCAGGCGCUUUUGGUGCCCUGCAAGGUUGGUUAG